AUGCCCCCAAAAACAAGAAGAAAAGGCGACACAUUAAAACUCCCAACUUCAUUUAAAGAAGAAUUAAAGCAAAAUAUCAAUGAAUUUGGCAAAAAAAGACCCCAAAAACGGUUCAAAAACCGUAUACAAGAACGAAAAGAAAAAAGAAAACAAGAUCGUUUAAUGAAGAAAAGGAAAAAAUCAAUGAAUUUUAAGCUAGAUUAUCGUCAACAAUUAGAAAAAAAAUUAGGAUUCAAGCCAGGUGGAAAACUACCCAAAGCAUUUAUUGAUGAUGGGUUGGAUGAGUUAUUGGAUGGAAUUAAAUUAGGAUUUGAGUUACCUUGUAAAGACAUUAGUGAUGAAAAAAAAUAUUUUGAUGAUAAUGAGGAGGAUUCUGGGGAAGAAUUAGUCAGCCAAGACAAUUAUGAUAAUGAUGAUAAACCUGAAGAAAUAAGUUAUAAUAAAAAAUAUAGAGGGUCAAAAAGAAAGAAAUUCAGCAAAUAA